CGUAAUCAUGAAAGAAUAUAUACCCGCGUCAACAGCAUAUAUGAACAGUUAAAGCUCACAAUUUACAGUUAAGAGACGACUUGGUACAUAUCAACAUCAUACACACAUAUUCUGAUCUAGCCGCCGAAAGAUGGCAGUCGAAAUGGUAAAAACACUGAGGCUGUUCCACCACACAACUAAGUAUGGAGCUAAGGGGAUAUUGAAAUCAGGAUGUAUCAAAGCAUCACCUGUUAAGAAGAUUGAUGCCGUAUAUGGUGUCUAUAUGACCAGAUUAGGUCCGGAGAAAAACCAGGAAGAAAUAGCAUGGAAUAAUUACAACGACAAGCCAAUUGGUAUCGCAAAUAAAAUGUUAAAAGCGGGCAAGACGGACGCGAUUAUAGCCAUUGACAUACCAAAAAGGCAGUGUAACAAGAUUGAAUCGGACCGUGACAUUUAUGUUGUAUCGGGAAAUGUCACUAUUGCAGACAAGAAUCCCAAGAUUUAUUUCCGAGAUAAAGAUGGAAAGGCUGAGGAGUAUAAACCCAGUUAGAAACUUUAACCCUUACUUGUCAUCAACAAGUACUUCUUAUGUGCUUUGAAAUACAUACUUUUAUUAAAAUUCGUUACUUUUUAAUUCCUGUCGUUAUAUAAUCACACAUAUUUCCUUUCAAAGUAUUUCAUUUCUUUGAUAAAAUAUAUCCUUGAACUUGAGAGGUAGUCAAUGUUAUU